AUGGCUCCAUCAGAACCAUCUAUUCUAAGCAAUUUCCUUCUAUCUCCGGCAUCUUUGCCCACAGUUAUCUCCUUGCAACAAUUUACAGAACUCUUUCCAAAGCGCUUGCGCGCUCAUCCGCAUAUCAGAGUUCUUUACCGGGAGCUCCAGCAACUCCGAGAGCAAGACAUGGAUCUGGUCAAUGGAAACAUUGACCAAGAAGUCCGUCAAGGGGAGAGCCAAAAAGCAGAACUUCGUAAAUCCAUCCUAAACACCGGUGUGGAUGGUAUGAGCUCCAAUGAUCAACGUGAAAUUGACAUGGAUGUCCAAUUGUUUGGCCAGACGUCCACCGCUGCGCCCAGCGAUUACCAUUCAGUUUCGAGUCUCCUCUCCGCAAUGGAGACAGCCUGUGCUAAUAUUGAGCACGAAAUUUCUGGCGUUGAUAAAGACGCAAGCACUCUUCUUUCCGAGCUUAAUCUCACAGUAGGUGAAUUGAGUGAUCUGCGCUACGGUAAAACACAAGGAAAAAGCCACAGCAUCAACAUCGGACGCACAAUGCCAACAAUCCCGCUCCACCCACACGUCUCCUCUCCCACCUCUCUCCCCAAUCCCCUCCCCCAGGUCCUGCAGACGCCAACUGGGCUCGCAAUCCUCGAACUCCAAGGCACAAUCAAUGUCCCAUCGCAAGAAGCUGAAGACGAAUCUACGACCUCAACCAACGAGACUCAUGAUCCCUCAAUCCCCACAUUCGAGACCCCAGUUGGCAAGCUCAUGUUUCCCGAUUAUUCGCCGCAAAGGACUGCGCCUGAAGACACGAAAUGGAUGAAGCGGGUUUACCUAUAUGUUGGUCGAUACCAGCGCAUGACGGGUGAGGUGAAGAAACUGGCGCAGCCGCUCGCUUUGGUGCAACGGCGGCAAAAAGAGACAACCUCUGACUCCGAUGGCGAAGAACUGGAAAUCGUCGAGAUCAUCAAGUAUAAGCUGUUCUUUAAGAAUCGGCCUGAGCCUGUCAAUGAUAGUUGA